AGAUUAGCUUUGCGGUCGCGGACAAGGAAAAACGCGAGACAAAGCGGUGGCCGCCUGGCCCCGCUCACGAGACGACAAUUCGAUCGGGCCUGGCCUGGCCUUUGGGAGCAGGAACCGAGGAGGAGUGACCACUUCGGAUUUGGCACUAUCACCUUUCCCAGCUGCUACAUCUUUGACUGCAUACACGUCCGUCCAUCCAUCCAUCCAUUCCAGCAGCCGCUGUCGUCAGUCAGUCAGUCAGUGAGUGUCCUGCUCCUGCUUCUGCCUUCGUUCGUCGUCCUUCUUAAAGGCGCAGGCGCAGGCGCGCACGCACGGCGACACCACGCCUGCGUUGCGUUGGCUGAUCAUGGCGGCGAGAGCUCAUCAUCUGCUCCUGCGACUCGCGCUGCUGUGCGCGUGCGCGUGCGCCGCCGCCCUCGGCUCGGCCAAUGCGGCGGGGAGGAAGAUGGUCGGCGUGUACGAGCUCAAGGCGGGCGAUUUCUCCGUCAGCGUCACCAACUGGGGCGCCACCAUCACCUCCGUCGUCCUCCCGGAUUCCAAAGGGAAUUUGGCUGACGUUGUGCUUGGCUAUGACACCAUUGGAGGAUAUGUGAGUGGUAAAAGCUACUUUGGAGCCCUUGUUGGACGAGUAGCCAACAGAAUUGCCUAUGCACGCUUCGUGCUUGAUGGAAAAGCUUAUCAUCUUUUUAAAAACGAUGGCAACAACACACUUCAUGGUGGCCAUAGGGGUUUCAGUCAGGUUAUAUGGACGGUUAAAGAAUUUGUCGCCGGCGGUGACUCGCCCUACAUCACACUGUACUACCAUAGUUUCGAUGGAGAACAAGGUUUCCCAGGCGACCUGGACGUGUACGUGACGUACGAGCUGGCGUCCCCGUACGAGCUGCGCGUGCACAUGAACGCGACGGCCGCGAACAAGGCGACGCCGGUGAACCUGGCGCAGCACACGUACUGGAACCUGGGCGGGGAGGGCAGCGGCGACGUCCUCCACAACACGGUGCAGCUGUUCGCGUCGCGGUACACGCCCGUGGACAGCGCGCUCAUCCCGACGGGCGUCGUGGCGCCCGUGGCCGGCACGCCCUACGACUUCCUGGCCCCGACGCCCGUGGGCGCGCGCAUCCGCCAGGUCUCCGGCGGCAAGGCCGGCAUCUACGGCUACGACACCAACUACGCCGUGGACGGGGACGACGCCGGCGCCGGGGCGGCGCUGCGGAAGGUGGCCGUCGUCCGGGACGGCAAGUCGGGGCGGGCGAUGGAGCUGUGGGCGAACCAGCCUGGGGUGCAGUUCUACACGGGCAACUUCCUCCAGGACGUCGAGGGGAAGGGCGGCAAGGUGUAUGGCCAGUACGGCGCGCUGUGCCUCGAGACGCAGGGCUUCCCGGACGCCGUGAACCACCCCAGCUUUCCCUCCCAGAUCGUCAGUCCGGGGCAGGUGUACAAGCACGACAUGGUGUUCAAGUUCUCCUUUUAGCUAGCAAGUCACAAUAAUUUCCAUCAGUUUCGCAAAGCUGAAUCGUUUGCGUUGUUCAAAACUGCUGUCGUUUCUUUGCCUUGUUCGUUUGGCUGAUAAGCCAUAACAAAAGAUACUAUUGACUAAUUUGUUGUGAGAGAAAAAUACUAUAUAAUGGUUGACAUAUUCGACUAAUAAACUCAAACGAACAAGGCGGCA